GCUCCGCAGACUGUGCCAAGCUGCAGGGAGGAGGGGGUUCCCUUCUGCGGGUGGGGCUCGGAGCCCGCAGUCUCCGAGUCCGAGGCUCUGCUGAUCGCUGUGGAGGGCCGUCCGGGUGCCCGGCCCAUCAGCUGCCCGACUGCCCGGCCCAGAGGCGGCGGGAACCCUAGCGGACACCUCGAGCGGCAGCGUGCCGCCCCCCCCCAGGUGGCAGCGGUGGUUGGGCCCGGCUGCCGCGGAGCUUUCGCUCGGAGAUGGCGGAGCCGCGACGCGGCCCGAGGCCCCGAAAGCAGGGAAGCGGGGCAGCCCCGGGACGCGGCGGAGCCCGGGGUCAACGGGGACGCCGCCCAGUCCGCCGGGUAUGAAGGUAAAAUGCAGUGGUUAAGAGCUCGGGCUAUGGAGCUUGACAGGCCUGACUUUGAAUCCCAGUUCCUCCACUGUCUGAGCUGUGUGAUCCUGGGCAAGUUAUUAAGCUUCUCUGACCCUCAAAUUACUCAUGUAAAAUGGGGACAAUAAUAGUAUCUACUUCUUAGGGCUGGUGUGACCAUUAAAUAUAUGGAAAGCUCCUAGAAGAAUGUCUGGCAAAGAAUAAACUCUCAAUAAAUGUUAACUAUCUUAUUAUACUUAAUUUGCCCCAAGUGUCUACUUCCCCACAGUGAUUUCUUCUCCCUACUGUGUUUUCUCCAAGGAGUUUCCUCUAAUUCUUAGGAUUCACCCCUUUCCAUCACCAUUUAGAUCCUCUCCCAGUGUUCUUUUUCAUGUCAAUGACUGGUAGUUUUACCCAGGCCAAAGCUGAACUAUUCUUAAAUCAUCCCUCUCAGUCCUGGAAGACCCUGUCUCUCCUACUCACCCCUGAGAUGUGUAUGUCUGGGAGUUGAGAGGAGUUGCCAGACAUGGCCUUACAAAGAGUAGCUAAGAUGGGGAAAGCUACCAUAAAGCUUCUAGAAGCAGUUGACCUAUUUAAGAAAAAAGUCUCCAAAAUUAGAUAUCCUUAAAACUGUCUCCCAAUCACACUGACCUGCUCUUCUCUCUCUCUCUCUCUCUCUCUCUCGUAUUGGUUGAAUAUGACUUAAUUUCUUCUCUCAUCUAGCCCCACUCAGUUUUCUCUGUUUUUGUAACAGAACUCAAUCCCUCAUGACUCUCCAGGCUAGCCAAGGACUUCUCCUGAGCUGUUAAUAGAUGAGAGUAUAGUACCACCUAGGAAGGGUAAGCUAGGAAGAACUGGGAUGGAUGGGGAGAGAGACUCUGGACUCAUCUCUCUGGCUUUUGUUAGGUCCCAGUGAUGUGACCCACUAUGGGGCUACAUUUUUAUCAUCUCUCCUGACACUGGCACAGGUGAAGUGAAAGGCAGAGGAUGAAUAAUUUUUCACAAGUAAUAGAAAAGACAGUCCCCAAUUUCUGCGUUUGGGAACUAAUAGAAUGAUUAGCUAGCACCUUUUUUCUUUCCUCUUGAAUUCCCCCCACCCACCCAUAGUGUCCACCUGACUGUAAGUUUGUUAAUGCUGUUAGCCUGUGGUAUUGGGUUUGAUUGAUGAAGAAGAUUAACAGGCUCAUGAGUUUCCUCUUAUCUGAUAUUUCGUUAGAGCAUGGGACUUGUGGGGCUUUCUGUUUGUUCCCCACAAGAAGACCAGGUCUCCUGCUGACUGGCCAACUGCUUGGUCAUGGGCUGGGAACUCCUUUCAGAGCAGGUUCAUUUUCAGCUUCCUGGGCUGUUCGGCUUCUUAUUGAUGGGAGAGUUGUUCUUUCCAGCCCUUGAAUAUACUUUUCCAACUCGAGCCUAGCUCAGGGAGGAGGAUUUAGACGGUUUUCUGAGAAGAGGAACAACCCCUGAGGCUGAAGUUUGAGACUCAGAUUGUGUUGUUCUUCUACAGGACCUUUCUUUUUUUGGAGAACAAAUCAUCCUGUGAGCAGAAGAUAGGAAGGAUAGAGAUUAUGAACUUUGCUGACCUCUGAUGUGAAGAGCUCAGACAGGACCAAGGGUGGAGCCUGACUGGAUUUGCAUCCUGAAGCUAUGGGCCAGGGGGCCAUGGUGACCUGAUAAAAAUGGACUCUGUCCAGUUGCCCCCUAUUGCCCUUUCUACCUCCCCUACCCUACUCUAAGGGAAUUUGUCUCAACCUCUUUGGGGAAUUGACCCUAAGGGAAUUCCUUUUCCCUAUUUUCCUAUCCUUCCACCCCCCCAGGAGAGCCCUAGCCUAUAGAACUCCUACCUCCCUUCCCUUGAGGUAGUCCCCAUUCCCUGCCUCCCCUCCCCCGCCAUGCUCAAGCUGUGGAAGGUGGUACGCCCAGCUCGUCAGCUGGAACUGCAUCGCCUCAUACUGUUGCUAAUCGCUUUCAGUCUGGGCUCCAUGGGCUUUCUCGCUUACUACGUAUCCACCAGCCCCAAAGCCAAGGAACCCUUGCCCUUACCCUUGGGAGACUGCAGCAGUAGCGGAGCAGCUGGCCCUGGCCCUGUACAGCCUCCAAUCCCACCUCGGCCUCCCAGACCUCCAGAGACAGCUCGAACCGAACCUGUGGUCCUUGUGUUUGUGGAGAGUGCAUACUCACAGCUGGGGCAGGAGAUUGUGGCCAUCUUGGAGUCUAGUCGUUUUCGUUAUAGCACUGAGCUGGCACCUGGCCGAGGGGACAUGCCCACACUGACUGAUCAUACCCGUGGCCGCUAUGUCUUGGUCAUUUAUGAGAACCUGCUCAAGUAUGUCAACCUGGAUGCCUGGAGUCGGGAACUGCUAGACCGUUACUGUGUGGAAUAUGGUGUGGGCAUCAUUGGCUUUUUCCGAGCCCAUGAGCAUAGCCUACUGAGUGCCCAGCUCAAGGGCUUUCCUCUUUUUCUUUACUCAAACCUGGGGCUCCGGGACUACCAAGUGAAUCCUUCUGCCCCGCUACUGCAUUUCACACGCCCCAGCCGCCUAGAGCCUGGGCCAUUGCCUGGUGAUGACUGGACCAUUUUUCAAUCCAAUCAUAGCACAUAUGAACCAGUGCUUCUUGCCAGCCUUCAAUCAGCUGAGCUCCCUGUGCCAGGACCCGUGCCUCGCCGGGCACGGUUUCCCACUGUGGUGCAAGACCUGGGGCUUCAUGAUGGCAUCCAGCGGGUGCUCUUUGGCCACGGCCUUUCCUUCUGGCUCCACAAACUUAUUUUUGUUGAUGCCGUCGCGUACCUCACUGGCAAGCGCCUUUGCCUGGACCUUGAACGCUACAUCUUGGUAGACAUUGAUGAUAUCUUUGUGGGCAAGGAAGGUACCCGCAUGAAGGUGGCCGAUGUUGAGGCUCUGUUGACCACCCAGAACAAACUCAGGACCUUAGUCCCCAACUUCACCUUCAACUUGGGCUUCUCGGGCAAGUUCUACCAUACCGGGACAGAGGAGGAGGAUGCAGGGGACGACAUGCUGCUGAAGCACCGUGAAGAGUUCUGGUGGUUCCCGCACAUGUGGAGCCACAUGCAGCCACACCUGUUCCACAACCGCUCUGUGCUGGCCGACCAAAUGAGGCUCAACAAACAGUUUGCUUUGGAGCACGGGAUUCCCACGGACCUAGGAUAUGCUGUGGCUCCCCACCAUUCGGGCGUGUACCCCGUCCACACGCAGCUCUAUGAAGCCUGGAAAUCUGUGUGGGGCAUCCAGGUGACCAGCACUGAGGAGUAUCCCCAUCUCCGCCCCGCCCGCUACCGCCGUGGCUUCAUUCACAAUGGUAUUAUGGUGCUGCCACGGCAGACAUGCGGUCUCUUCACUCACACAAUCUUCUAUAAUGAAUAUCCUGGAGGCUCUCAUGAACUAGAUCGGAGCAUCCGAGGUGGAGAGCUCUUCCUGACAGUGCUGCUUAAUCCAAUCAGCAUAUUUAUGACCCAUCUGUCCAACUAUGGAAACGAUCGACUGGGCCUGUACACCUUUGAGAGCCUGGUGCGCUUCCUCCAGUGCUGGACACGGCUGCGCCUACAGACCCUUCCUCCUGUCCCUCUUGCACGAAAGUACUUUGAACUCUUCCCUCAAGAGCGAAGCCCCCUUUGGCAGAAUCCCUGUGAUGACAAGAGACACAAAGAUAUCUGGUCCAAGGAGAAAACCUGUGAUCGGCUCCCCAAGUUUCUCAUUGUGGGACCCCAAAAGACAGGGACCACAGCUAUUCACUUCUUCCUGAGCCUGCACCCAGCUGUGACCAGCAGCUUCCCUAGCCCAAGCACCUUUGAGGAAAUUCAGUUCUUCAACGGCCCUAAUUACCACAAGGGCAUUGACUGGUACAUGGAUUUUUUCCCUGUCCCUUCCAAUGCGAGCACUGACUUUCUAUUUGAAAAAAGUGCCACCUACUUUGACUCAGAAGUUGUACCACGGCGGGGUGCUGCCCUCCUACCCCGAGCCAAGAUCAUCACUGUGCUCAUCAACCCUGCUGACAGGGCCUACUCUUGGUACCAGCACCAGCGAGCACAUGGAGACCCAGCUGCUCUGAACUAUACCUUCUACCAAGUGAUUUCAGCCUCUUCCCAGGCCCCUCUGGCACUUCGUUCCUUGCAAAACCGCUGUCUUGUCCCUGGCUACUAUUCUACCCAUCUGCAACGCUGGCUGACUUACUACCCUUCUGGACAGUUGCUGAUUAUGGAUGGGGAAGAGCUGCGUACUAACCCAGCUGCUUCAAUGGAGAGCAUCCAGAAGUUCCUGGGUAUCACACCCUUUCUGAACUACACACGGACCCUCAGGUUUGAUGAAGGUAAGGGAUUCUGGUGCCAGGGACUUGGAGGUGGUAAGACUCGCUGUCUAGGCAAGAGCAAAGGUCGGAGGUACCCAGAUAUGGACACUGAGUCCCGCCUUUUCCUUACGGAUUUUUUCCGGAACCACAACUUGGAGCUGUCAAAGCUCCUGAGCCGGCUUGGACAGCCAAUGCCCUCAUGGCUUCGGGAAGAACUGCAGCAUUCCAGUCUGGGAUGAUGUCCCAGCCUCCAUACCAGCAAAAAAAAAAAAAAAAAAAAAAAAAGCCCAUUUCCCUAAGGGGCAAACCCAGAGCAGAGCCCACAAGGGGAAUUUGAGUGGCCUAGCCCCUCCCCCUUCUACCUCAGUGGCCCCCCAGACUUGGAAUGGCUGAGAAGGGAAAGUCAUCUUUCCUGUUGCUCUGAGGUCUGAUAAAGGGGCUUCCUUUCACAUCCCACAUUAUGGUACUAGCCACCUUUGACCCAUGGUCUUGGAAGGCGGGGAGGAAUUAGAGGCAGGGUCUAGAGGAACAUAUUAAUCAAAUAAUUUACCUCUUCGUCCCCAGAGUGUAGCUAUAUCUGGCUGUGGGAGGGACCCCUUACUGUGGGAAAAAUGGGACCUACCUGUGGCCUGGCCUCCCUAAUGUCAUUCACAUUGAAUGCGGAUGAGGUCCGACAGUGGCUCAUAGAGCUGAGUAUGAGCCCUAGCUGUGGGCUAGAAAUGUCCUUAAUAAACAUCCUUAUUUUUC